UGUCUCCAACUAUGUCCAGGAGAGUUAUUUAUGAGCGUUUUGAAAGAGGCAGUGAACUUGAUCCAUUUAACAAUUUAAGUCGCGUUGCAGCAUCAGAGAUUUAUAAAACUUUGAAGAAACAUUAUAUCUUUAGUUUACUUUGGGUGUUAGGAAUUCUCGUCUGUUUUUUUGCUAAAGGCUAUAAACCCUCCUCAGAGGCUUUAACCAGAUAUCACAAUAAGUUAGCUACUUUGGACCAAAGUGCUUUAUAUAGAGCAGAAGAUGACUUAUUUAGAGCAAAGGCAGCAUAUUAUCACUCAAAAGGAUGGUUUUAUUGCGAUGCUGUUUGUAACUAUCACUAUCAAGUCGUGACAGAAUUAGAGAAAAAAGUUUCUUUGCUGACGAAGAAUUAUGAACAUCAGUUGAGUGCUGCGAAAAAAGAGGUUGGUCUUUUCAGCGAACAGGGCGCCGAAGAAGCGCGUUCGCUAUUUUGGAGUUACUUUGGUUCUGGAAAGAAGACCGCUCAGCGAAUGACUUUUUAUGAUUUCCUUUUUACUGGUGCAUUUACUCUUUGGAAUGAUGAAGGCCUUCUGAGUUUUAUCCUGCGGAUGCUUUUAAACGUGUUUAUUAACUUUACUAUAUCGCUUAUCGGCGCCUUCUUUGCUUUUAUUUUUUCCUUGUGGAGCCUAAUCAGAUCUUAUCAACCCGAUUUGCUUUCUGCGUUUUUUUUCUUCUUGUGUUGUUUCCUUGGAUCUUUUGCUUUUGUCUUGACUUGGAUAGCAGGAUUAUUAUUGGGCACGAGCAGCGUGGCGCUUGGUCUGGGCUCCAUUAUUAUUCGUAAUUCGCGGUUGGAAAGAGAACGUUAUAGGCCACAUGUUCCUUACGAAGAACAGAACUACUAAUUUAUAAAAAAAUAAUAUGUAAUCAAGAUUUUACGGACGAAUUUUUUGUGCUGUGUCGAAGAU